AUUCGGCUGAUUUAUUCUCCACUCUCCACGCGACAUGGGAGCGCAUAUUAGAGACGGGCUUUUGUGGUUUCUUAUAUUAUAAAUGCCAAGUACGAAGCUGCAUCCAUCUAAUUUGUGCACCGAAAGAGUUGCGCUAAGCAUGUCGGUCGGAAAAUUUACCAAGAAAAGUAGUGGAAAUCUGCAAACGGCUUGUUAAUCCGCGUUCAGAGAUCGAAGCGAACAGGUCGUGUUUGUGUUGUGCUGCUUCUCGUUCAAGUGCCAUUUGCUGCUGUCUGUUGAGUGGAGGAAGAUCUGCUAAAGGACUUUAUUGAAUCAGACAAAUUCUGUGCGAUCCAGUGUCAGUGUUUAGUGCGAAGAUGUGGUUAAAGUUGUUCAUCGGAUGUUGUGUGAUAGGAAGUAUAUUAGCAGAGAAGAAUGUUACCAAAGAGGUAACCGCCAAAGAGAAACGCCAAACUGACCACGAAACACGCACGUUACCCCACGUGGCAAAUCGACGACAGCAACAGCAGCAGCACCAGCAGCAACAACAACAACAGCAUCAGCAAGGCGGAUAUUUUUCAGACCCAGAGGCUGCAGCCCACUUUUAUGCCCAACAGUCCGGAGGUCAACUACUAUUCAGACCUUACCAGGGGAAGAGUGGCCAAGAACAAGCCCAAGACCUACCUCCGGAAUAUAUAAGUUUGCUGCAGCAAUUAGCCGAACAUCAGAAACAUCCAUCGCCUGCCAAGCAUGCCAAACACGCUUCCUACGAUCCUCAGAACGCCCAGCUUGAGCAGUACUACCACCAACAACAGCAACAUCAGCAGCAGCAGCAGCAUCAGCAACAGCAGCAGUUCCAUCAUCAUCAACAACAACAACAACAACAACAGCAUCAGCAGCAGCAGCAUCAUCCAUCACAACAGCAUAAUCAGAUUCAGUACAUAACGGAGGAGGAGUAUGCUCAAAUAUUGAAGCAAGCUCAGGCACAUAAUAAUCAAGUUGCCGCUCAGCAACAGUACGCACGGCCAGCCGGAAAACAAGAAUCACCCAAGUACCGUCCAUCGGUUCAAUUGUUGGAAGCUGGCCAAGAACAUGGCCCCUCGUAUUCACAGCCUGAUCCAGAGAAUUUCCGCGUCCAGUACAAAAGCAUCCAUUCGGCUGGAUCGGUAACGCCCGUAUCGAAACCAAUUAGCUCUUUUUCAUUCGAAAAAGAAAUUGCUAAAUUGGUAGAGUCUAACCGCCCGCUUGCCUAUCACCCGGCGAAUGCACAUAGGCAAAGCGACCGUGGACCACAUGAAAAUCAGCGAUACGUGGCUAGCUCGCCAUCACAAGAGUACAGUUAUGUUCCCGCCAGUGGUCACGAACAUGCUCCCAAGCAAUCAAUCAAGGCACAAUAUAUUGCACCAUUUGCCCAGGGGCCUAAGAUUAGCGCAGCGCAUCUUCAGGUUGGACCUCAUAAAUUUUCAGAAUCUCCUGCCCAAAAAUAUCAAUUAAUUGCCCAGGAAGCGCCAACUAAAGCUCAAUCCCCACAACAAUACUACACAGAAGUAGCUCAAAAGUAUGUUGCUCCCUCGGGUGAAAAGCAGCACCCUGGAGCACCAUCGCCCAAGAUUCAGUAUUAUGUUCCCAAAGAAAAAAAUCUUCAACUUUACUACACACAGCAAGCCCAGGAGAAACAACAACUUGAGCAGCAUGCUUCUCAGCACCCGAUGAAGCUAGUGGAACCGCCUCAGUUACAACAUGAAAAACCACAAAAACCAAUUCAGAUGCACCGACCGAAGGCUCAAUACACUUCUAGGGAUAAGCAAUCCGAUCAAAGUCAACAGUCAGCCCAAAAAUCCAAAGAAGGUGAUAACACAUCACGAUCAGCCAUUUAUGUCUCCCAGCAGACGGAAGCAUCUCCAUCGCCACCUGCCCCGCAACAUGCCAGUGCUGACAAGCAACCUGCCGUCCAGCAUCAUAAAAUUCCACCCAAGAUCGACCGUCCGUUGACACAAGAAGAGUUCCAAGCCUUGGUUGAUGCUGGUUACUCGGUUGUACCGGUGCCAGUUCCCGUACCUGUUCCGCAAUAUCAUCACAUACAGCAAGCAGCACAAUCUGCUGCAUCUGCACGUCAUGGCCCAGUGGCGCAGGCUAGCCGUUAUCAUCAGCACCAGAUUGCGGCGGAGAACAAUCCCAGUCAAGUCAUCACCUACUUGCGUCCACUUCAUAUUGACCCAUUCUCGGCCGGUGUCAGGGGUCCAAACAAGGCUGCUCCCUGAGUGUGAUGAUAGAAUAAUAAGGACUGCGCUGUUUAGGGUUAAGUAUAACGAAUAAGAUACUAGUGUAAUUGAUAGAUAUUUUUGUCUAUGCAUACACUAUUUGCCACGAGACAAGGUUAAUUGUGAAAUGAUUUAAAGUUUUCUGAGUCACAAUAGAAUUGUUAUGUCUAAUUUAUAAACACUCCAAUAUA